GGCGGGGGCCGGGACCGGGGCCGGAUCCUGCCCGGUGCGGGGCCCGGCCUGGCCUCUCGGUGCCCUGCUCGGCCGCCCAGCCAUGCUGCGCUGCGUGCUCCAGCGAGCCAGCCACCUCCCCAACCUAGAGAAGGGGGACAGGCAGAGCGACCCGGUGGCCAGCCUGACUUUCCGAGGUGUGAAGAAGAAGACAAAGGUCAUCAAGAACAACGUGAACCCAGUAUGGAACGAGGGCUUCGAGUGGGACCUGAAGGGCACGGCGCUGGACCCUGGGUCCGAGCUCAGCGUCGUCGUGAAAGACCACGAGACCGUGGGGAGAAACCGGUUUUUGGGAGAAGCCCGCGUGCCCCUGCGAGAUGUCCUGUCCUCCCCCAGCCUGGCGGCCUCCUACAACGUCCCCUUGCUGGACACCAAGAAGCAGACCACCGGGGCUUUCCUCAUCCUGCAGGUGUCUUACACCCCCCCUCCGGGCGCUGCUCCCCUCUUCCCUCCUCCGUCCCCCCCUGAGCCGUCGCCGGGGGCUGCUGAGCCCGACACGGUCACCGAGGCGCCCACCGAGGAGGAGGAGGCUGAGGACCGGGCGGCGACGGGGGACGAGACGGAGCCCGCGUCCUCGGGGCCAGCAGGGUCCGAGCCGCCCUCGCUGCCCCGCAAGCCCCCGGUGCACCACGUCCACGGGGUGAGGCGGAGGAGGAGCUCGCCCAAAAAGCCCCUGUCCAACAAGCCGCAGGACUUCCAGAUCCGGGUGCGGGUGAUCGAGGGCCGGCAGCUGCCCGGGGUUAACAUCAAGCCCGUGGUGAAGGUGACGGCCGCGGGGCAGACCAGGAGGACCAGGAUACGCAAGGGCAACAGCCCCUUCUUCGACGAGACCUUCUUCUUCAACGUCUUCGAGUCGCCAGCCGAGCUGUUCGACGCGCCCAUCUUCAUCACGGUGGUGGACUCUCGGUCCUUCCGGACGGACUCGGUGAUCGGGGAGUUUCGGAUGGAUGUCGAGACCAUUUAUUUGGAGCCAAAGCACGCCUUCCUCAGGAAGUGGCUGCUGCUCUCCGACCCCGAGGACUUCUCCGCGGGGGCCAAGGGCUACCUGAAGGUCAGCCUGUUCGUGCUGGGGCCCGGAGAUGAAGCACCCCUGGAGAAGAAGGAGGUCUCUGAGGACAAGGAGGACAUCGAAGGGAACCUCUUGCGUCCCACCGGGGUCACCCUGAGAGGGGCUCACUUCUGCCUGAAGAUCUUCAAAGCUGAGGACUUGCCCCAGAUGGAUGACGCCGUCAUGGACAACGUCCGGCAGGUCUUCGGCUUUGAGAGCAACAAGAAGAACCUGGUCGACCCCUUUGUGGAAGUCAGCUUCGCGGGCAAGAUGCUCUACUCGAGGAUCCUGGAGAAGAACGCCAACCCCCAGUGGAACCAGUGCCUGACGCUGCCGGCGAUGUUCCCUUCCAUGUGCGAGAAGAUGCGGAUCCGGGUGACCGACUGGGACCGUCUCACGCACAACGACAUCAUCGGCACCACCUACCUCUGCAUGUCCAAGAUCUCGGCGCCCGGCGGGGAGCUGGAGGUGGACGACGGGCUGGGCUUCCUGCCGACCUUCGGCCCCUGCUACAUCAACCUCUACGGCAGCCCCCGGGAGUUCACCGGCUUCCCCGACCCUUACGAGACGCUCAAUUUGGGAAAGGGCGAGGGCGUCGCGUAUCGUGGCAGGGUGCUGGUGGAGCUGGAGACCAGGCUGGUGGAGCACGUGGAGCAGAAGGUGGAGGACAUCUCUGCCGAUGACAUCCUGCGGGUGGAGAAGUACCUGCGCCGGCGCAAGUACUCCCUCUUCGCCGCCUUCUACUCGGCCACCAUGCUCCAGGACGUGGACGACGCCAUCCAGUUUGAGGUCAGCAUCGGCAACUACGGCAACAAGUUCGACAACACCUGCCUGCCCUUGGCCUCCACCACGCAGUACAGCCGGGCCGUGUUCGACGGCUGCCAGUAUUACUACCUGCCCUGGGGCAACGUGAAGCCCGUGGUGGUGUUGUCGUCCUACUGGGAAGAUAUCAGCGCCCGGACUGAUGCUCAAAACCUUCUCCACCACGCGGCAGACAGGCUGGAAGCCAACCUGGAGAAGGUCCAGCUCGCGCUGAAGGCCAAGUGCUCGCCGAGCGAGCUGGACUCCCUGGGCGCCCAGCUGCUGGCUGAUAUCAUCGCCGACUGCAGCCUGCCCCUGCCCGACGUGCUGGGGAAGCCGGCCAGCACCCACCUGGACCAGAACAUGUACCGCUUCCGCAGCACCAACCUGGAGCAGAUCGUGCAGGCGGCUCUGAAGCUCAAGCACGAGGACUCGGGCCUGCCCGCGGUGCUGGAGCAGGCGGAGGACUGGCUCUGCAGGCUGAAGGCCAUGGCGGAGGAGCCGCAGAACAGCCUGCCCGACGUGGUGAUCUGGAUGCUGCAGGGCGACAAGCGCGUCGCCUACGCCCGCGUGCCAGCCCAUGAGGUCCUCUUCUCCAAGAACAUCCCCGGCUGCUGUGGCAAGAACUGCGGGAGGCUCCAGACCAUAUUCCUCAAGUACCCCCAGGAGGAGGCAAUGGGACCGAGGAUCCCAGCGCAGAUCCGGGUGCAGCUCUGGUUUGGGCUGUCCGUCGACGAGAAGGAGUUCAACCAGUACGCCGAGGGGAAGCUCUCCGUCUUUGCCGAAACUUACGAGAACCAGACCAAGCUGGCGCUGGUGGGGAACUGGGGCACCACGGGCCUGACUUACCCCAAGUACUCGGAUGUCACGGGCAAGAUCAAACUGCCCAAGGACAGCUUUCGGCCCUCCACGGGCUGGACCUGGGCUGGUGACUGGUUCAUCUGCCCGGAGAAAACGCUGCUGCACGAGGCGGACGCCGGGCACCUGAGCUUCGUGGAGGAGGUGUUUGAGAACCAGGUCCGGCUGCCCGGGGGGCAGUGGAUCCACAUGGCAGAUGCCUACACCGACGUGAAUGGGGAGAAGGUCCUGCACAAGGAUGAGAUCGAGUGUCCUCCGGGCUGGAAAUGGGAAGACGUGGAGUGGGACACCGACCUCAACAGAGCCGUGGAUGAGAAAGGCUGGGAGUACGGCAUCACCAUCCCCCCGGACCGCAAGCCCAAGGCCUGGGUGCCGGCCGAGAAGAUGUACCACACCAACAGGCGGCGGCGCUGGGUGCGGCUCCGCCGGCGGGACCUCGCGCAGAUGGAGGCCAUGAGGAAGCACAAGCAGGAGGAGCUGGACGGAGAGGGCUGGGAAUACGCCUCGCUCUUCGGCUGGCGCUUCCACAUGAAGCCCCGCCGCACCGACGCCUUCCGCCGCCGCCGCUGGAGGCGCAGGAUGGAGCCCCUGGAGCGCACCGGUGCCGCCGCCGUCUUCGCCUUGGAGGGGGCUCUGGGGGGAGUGACGGACGACAAGAGCGAUGAUGGCAAAUCUGUCUCCACCCUCAGUUUCGGUGUCAACAGACCCACCAUUUCCUGCAUUUUUGACUAUGGGAACAGAUACCACCUGCGCUGCUACAUGUACCAGGCUCGGGACCUGAUCGCCAUGGACAAGGACAGCUUUUCAGAUCCGUAUGCCAUUGUUUCCUUCCUCCACCAAAGCCAGAAGACGGUGGUGAUCAAGAACACCCUGAACCCCACCUGGGACCAGACGCUCAUCUUCUAUGAGAUAGAGAUCUUCGGGGACCCCCAGAAGGUGUCCGACUCCCCUCCCAACAUCGUGGUGGAAAUAUAUGACCAUGACACCUAUGGCGCGGACGAGUUCAUGGGGCGCUGCGUGUGCAAGCCCAGCCUGCAGCGCUCGCCGCGGCUCUCCUGGCACCCGAUCAGCAAGGGCAGCAGGAGCGUCGGGGAGCUGCUGGCGUCCUUCGAGCUGAUUCAGAGGGAGAAGCCGGCUGUCCAUCACAUCCCUGGCUUCGAGAAUGAGCUCUCCUCCAGCCUGGAUGAGUCUGCAGACUCCGACCUGCCAUACCCGCCGCCCCAGCGGGAGCCCAACAUCUACAUGGUGCCCCAGGGGAUCAAGCCAGUCCUGCAGCGCACGGCCAUCGAGAUCCUGGCCUGGGGGCUGAGGAACCUCAAGAGCUACCAGCUGGCCAGCGUCACCUCGCCCAGCCUGCUGGUGGAGUGCGGCGGGCAGCUCGUGCAGUCCUGCGUCAUCAAGAACGUCAAGAAGAACCCCAACUUCGACGUCUGCGUGCUCUUCAUGGAGGUGCGUUUGCCCAGCGAGAGCCUGUACAGCCCCCCCAUCAUCAUCAAAAUCAUCGACAACAGGCCGUUCGGCCGCAGGCCCGUGGUGGGGCAGUGCACCGUCCGCUCGCUGGAGGACUUCUACUGUGACCCCUACCACGAGGAGGCCGACGGGCCCCAGGAGCACGCAGAUGAUGUGAGCCUCACGCCCAGGGAUGACGUCCUCAUUGACAUUGAUGACAAAGAGCCCCUUCUUCCUGCCCAGCUUGCGGAGGGUUUGACCAGCUCAGCACUAAUUAACAUGCCAGCUUCUCGGUCCGAACCUCAUGAGGAAGAAUUCAUUGACUGGUGGAGCAAAUUCUACGCUUCCACAGGAGAGAGGGAAAAAUGUGGUUCCUACUUGGAGAAGGGCUUUGACACCCUGAAGGUCUACGAGACGGAGCUGGAGAACGUGGAGGACUUCGAGCACCUCUCCGACUUCUGCCACACCUUCAGGCUGUACCGCGGGCGGUCUCAGGACUCCAACGACGACCCCUCGGUCGUGGGGGAGUUCAAGGGGUCGUUCCGAAUUUACCCCCUGCCCGACGACCCGCGGGUCCCGGCGCCGCCUCGGCAGUUCCACCAGCUGCCGGCCAGAGGGCCCCAGGAGUGCCUCGUCCGGGUCUACAUCGUCCGGGCCUUCGGCCUCCAGCCCAAGGACUCCAACGGGAAGUGUGAUCCCUACGUGAAGAUUUCAGUGGGAAAGAAAUCCAUAAAUGACCAAGAAAAUUACCUCCCCUGUACACUGGAGCCUGUCUUCGGAAAGAUGUUCGAGCUGAGCUGCACCCUGCCCCUGGAGAAGGACUUGAAGAUCACGCUCUAUGACUACGACCUCCUGUCGAAGGAUGAGAAGAUCGGGGAGACCGUCAUAGACCUGGAGAACCGCUUCCUGUCAAAAUACGGGGCUCGCUGUGGGCUUCCCCAAACCUACUGUGUUUCUGGACCCAACCAGUGGCGAGACCAACUCCGUCCUUCCCAGCUGCUUCACCUCUUCUCCCUGCAGCACAACUACAAGGCUCCCACCUACAAGUCCGACCGGGUCAUCUUCCGGGAGCAGGAGUACAUCCUCUCCGAACUGGAGGACGGCAAACCCGUCAACCCCCACCUGGGGCCGGUGGAGGAGCGACUCGCCCUGUAUGCACUGCGGAAGCAAGGGCUGGUGCCGGAGCACGUGGAGACCAGGCCUCUCUACAGCCCCCUCCAGCCAGAGAUCGAGCAGGGAAAGCUACAGAUGUGGGUGGAUCUGUUUCCAAAAUCUUUGGGUCAGCCUGGUCCCCCUUUCAACAUCAUGCCACGCAAAGCCAAGAGGUUCUACUUGCGCUGCAUCAUCUGGAACACCAAGGACGUCAUCCUCGAUGACCUCAGCAUCACUGGGGAGAAGAUGAGUGACAUCUACGUCAAAGGCUGGCUGGUUGGCCAUGAGGAGAACAAGCAGAAGACAGAUGUGCACUACAGGUCUAUGGGAGGAGAAGGCAACUUCAACUGGAGAUUCAUCUUCCCCUUUGACUAUCUCCCUGCUGAGCAAAUGUGUUACAUUGCAAAAAAGGAGCACUUCUGGAGCUUGGACAAGACAGAAAAUAAGAUUCCGCCGCAGCUUAUCUUCCAGAUCUGGGACAAUGACAAGUUCUCUUUUGAUGACUACUUGGGCUCCAUUCAGAUGGAUCUCAACAAGAUGCCCAAGCCUGCCAAGACAGCUGAGAAGUGCUCCCUUGAGCUUGUAGAUGAGAGCCUGUCUUCAGGUCGCUUCGUGUCCCUCUUUGAGCAGAAAACGGUCAAGGGCUGGUGGCCCUGUGUUGCUGAGCAGGAUCAGAAGAAGAUCCUGGCGGGCAAAUUGGAAAUGACUUUGGAAAUUGUGGCUGAACAAGAGCAUGAAGAGCGGCCAGCUGGCAUGGGUCGGGAUGAACCAAACAUGAACCCCAAGCUGGAGGACCCUAAGCGCCCAGAGACCUCCUUCCUGUGGUUCACCUCCCCAUACAAGACCCUGAAGUACAUCCUGUGGCGGCGGUACAAGUGGGUGGUCGUCCUGGCCAUCGUGCUCUUCAUUUUGCUGCUCUUCCUGGGGAUCUUCAUCUACGCCUUCCCGAACUACGCUGCUAUGAAACUGGUGAAACCUUUCCAGUGAAGCUGUGCUGGCAAACGCAUGAAAGGUCCGGUGCCUGCCUGGGGAUUUUGGAAGGAAGCUGCGGCUCUGCACUGGAUCACAGCAGCAGAUGGAGCUGGAGAAGGGGCAGCCUCUCUCCAGCCCAGGCUGCUGCCAAAUUGAAGACACGACUUUCCCCGAUGCAGAAUACCACCUGCAGCACUCACCUCGGAAGCAGUGCGUAAACAAGACCUACUCUGAGAUAUUUCUUAUUUUCCUUCCUUUUUUUUUUUCUUUUUUUUUUUCUUUCAGUUAAGCUGUUCGUAUCUUUAAAGCUUGAAUACCAAUGCAAAGCUGAAGAGGGUGGGUGAAAAAAGGACCUUUUCGUGUAUAGCCCGUGAGCAUACAAAGAUGCAGCAGACCUUAGUGGGGGAGUUUCGGGCUGCUGGCGCAAGCAGCGUGUGCCUGCUAAAGUCUCUCAGGUUCUGAGCACACUUUUCUUUGCACUCUGAACAAGCCUUAGUUUUCCUUUGCCGUGUAAUGUGUAUUAUCUGGUUUAUAAUAUAUAAAGUCUACCAAAGAUGAAAUGUGCUGCACAGCCUGAAACCCUGGGCUCUUACGUUGCCUUCCCAAAGAGCAAAAGCCACGAGAUAGACGACCCAGGGAAAAGGCUCUGAGAUCCAAAACCAGGGUUGGUGGCAAUUGCUAAAUCAGAGCAAUUGUUGAAUUUUGCUCUCGUGAAGGGCCGCACACUCUGGCCCACGUGUUUUGGAGCUUGUUUUCCCCCUCAAUGGCUCUUUCCCCUCUGCAGUCCCAUGUGCCUCCCUUCCGAGCCAGUGCUGCGGUGGCAGAGAGCGUGGGGCCAGGCUGAGCCCUGCCCCGAGAGCAGCCCCAGAGCAAAGCAGGGCUUGGGGGCUUUGCUUCCCUGCUCCUCCCUGCCAAAUGCAACCCCUGCAGCUGCGGCUCAGUGACAUGUUGGUCUUUUUUCUCCUGUGCUCCCAAACAUGCUUAAGCAAAACAGUACAAAAGCAGACUGCAGUGCAAGCUGUGAAACUCGCUGCUGCUGGGCGCUAAUGGGGCAGAUAACCCGCGGCUUUGGAAGCAGGCUUGUUUGCUUUAUGCUUUGUGAACAAGAUAUUAUAAUACGUAUCCUGCAGGUCUUGCCCUGCCACAGAGCAGCUAUGACAGGGCUCGGAUGGCAGCAUUGGGACAUUUCUGCUGUUUCCUAUUCCCUCCUGUCCAUCUGUCUUUGCUGCUGCAAUCACAUGGAGUGAUGUGGACUAAGAGGGAUUUCUAGUUACUAAUAGCUCUGGCUCAUGUCAUGAGAGGAUGCUCAUCAAAACAGCAUUACUCUUGAAUUUUCAUCCUGCAUCCUCUUACCCUGCAAGGAACCAUCUCCCGGAAUGGGGCCAUCAAGUGUGAAAGCAAACGUCCCUGUGCGAGACAGCCGUGCUGCUGCUCUGCCCCUGCUCAGUCCCCCUGCAGGACCCGGGUCUGCCUUCAGCAGGACGAGGCACGGCUGCCUCGGGUCCUUUUGACCCCUGAAGCUGCUGCUGCUCAGCAUGACACGUGAGAACAAGUAGCGGUGAAAAGUGAUCCUGGGGGAUCAGAGUUCCUCAGGACAAACUGUGCUGGUGUAAGCUCCUGCCCCGCUCCAGCAAGGCACUUAAGCCUGUUCUUAGCAGAAGGCAGGGAAAAAGCACAUGCCUAAUUGCUUUGCUGGAUGGGGAUGUGAUGCGUUGAGCAUUAAAUCCCUUGUUAUUCAGUACUGUAACAGCACCCAGAUUGUCCCGGGCAGCUCUCUGCCACGUGUGAAGACAGCGUCUUUGACAUGGAGAACAUGCAGCUAUAAAACCUGUCCUCGCUGCGGAGGUUUGGCUCAUCCAGCAUCCCCUUUCCAAAAGCAGCUGGUGCUCAGCUGGUGAAGUCGUCUCUGGGCUUUCCCACCCAAGGGUGGGUGUUUCAUUUUACUGGCACAGUUAAAUGCUUCAUUUUGGCAUUCGUUCAGUUUUUUCCCAACCCUCAUUCGCACCCACACCCCCAUUUAUUAGCCGCUGCCAGACUACCAGGUCUCGGUCAUUUUUUCUGUGACGCUUCCCCCUUGAGGAUCCGCUGAGCUGAGGGCAAAUGUUGCUUGGGUUUGUGCCUUUCUGAAUGAGCUAUAAUUCAAUGAAAAUGCUGGUGCUGGUUGGUGUGGUUGGUCCUUGCGCCUCUUCCACCACGACCCAGCUCUGCCUGGGGGUCUGGGUAUCUUGCCGCCUACCUGCAUGCCUUGCUCUCCCAUCAGCAGUGGGAAAUCAGGCCUGCUAUUUCACUUCUUUGCUUUGCUUUGCAGAGUCUGUAAAGUUUCCCAUCAUGGCAUUAUUGCUCUAUGACCCUCACCUGUUUCAGAAACACAGUCUUGGUGCCAAGACCCCCAAAGAGACGAGUGACCCAAGUUUGAAUACAAAGCAGUGCUUAUUUCUGGAUGCUUGUCAUCCAGCCUGUCACAACCACCGCUGCCUAUCCCCGCACAGACAAGCAACCCUACCAAAACACACCCACAUGCCACCUCCCAGAGCCUCUCCCAGGACUAAACCUUAUUUUAUUUCCCAGACCUUACCAGCAGCUCUUUCCUGGCAAACCAGAAUGGGUUGUCAGUGGUGGGAGACCAGGAUCCAGGCCAUCCAAACAGGUGGAAAAGGAAAGGGUUACAUCCCCACAUGCCAUCCUCCGUGUUCCCAAUCCAGGCUGCGGAGCCGAUUUUCAUGCCAAGAAGACUCCGUGGGCCUGUGGUGGGCAAAAGCAGGUCUGAGCAUCUGACAACAUCAGCUCAAUCUCUUUUUCUUUGCUGCUUGAACAGCCACAGCCAUCUGUUUGCCUGGCGGCGGGCCCUCUGUAGCUGGGUUAUGUCUCCACCAAAGCCAGCCGGGGGUAGGAGCUGUGUAAAGUCUGCCCUGUGCCUCCCUGUUGUUUGGGAUUUGGGAUGUCCGGACGAUGUCUGUAUCACCUGUCUAUGCCUUAUAUACAGUAACGCAAAUUUCACUGUGGUUACAAAUGAAAUGCUCUGAAACCUUCUA